CCUGUGAGGUCAGGUGGGAGGAAGCGGCCUCGCAGCCGCCGCGAGUGGACGACGCCGAGGCCGGGAGCCGCGCCCGCAGACACAGCACCUGCUCAGCGUGGGUCGCCUGUGUGAGCACCACUGAACGCAAGCAUCCCUCAAUUUCUGGUGCAAGCCUGCAGGCCCCCAAAGCUCCUGGGAAGAUGGUGAGGAUCUUGGCCAAUGGGGAAAUUGUGCAGGAUGAUGACCCUCGAGUGAGGACCACAACCACGCCAAGAGGUAGCACUCCUCGACAGAGUUUUCUCAACAGGGGCCAUGGUGCCCCCCAAGGGGGCCCUGGGCCCCGUCAGCAGCAGGCAGGUAUCAGGCUGGGUGCUGCUCAGUCCCCCUUCAAUGACCUCAACCGGCAGCUGGUGAACAUGGGCUUUCCACAGUGGCAUCUCGGCAACCAUGCUGUGGAGCCAGUGACCUCCAUCCUGCUCCUCUUCCUGCUCAUGAUGCUUGGUGUUCGUGGCCUCCUGUUGGUGGGCCUGGUCUACCUGGUGUCCCACCUGAGUCAGCGGUGACCUCUGGGGGUUGAUUGAUGGGGGUGGGCGUGUGGAGAGGGACUUGCUGGGCCUUGAUGUAAGAGCAGGAACAUUUGGAGGGGAUCUGUUGGUGCCCAGAGGAGGGGCACAGGUGUGUGUUUGCCCCUUGUGUUAAGUAAGCAUGAGGCAGAGGGAAACUCCAGUCCAGCAUUUCCAAAGAAUGGGGUGGGUACCCUGGUUCCUUUGAGAUGUUUUUAGGUGGUAUAGGGCUUGCAUUGAGUGACACAAAAUCAGAGCAAGAAAGAAAUUCUCUUUCCAAUUCUCUUUCCAUACUUUUAUGGAAAGAAGAAAGUUUCAGCUUGGUGCCAAUAUGUUCUAAUGCCUCUGGAAGACAUCUGAUAUCCCCUUUAAUGAGGGAGCAGGAGAAGAGGUUAGGGCAGGGGAAAAUCUCCCAGACUUUUAUAGCACUGUUUUGUUUCAAUGAUGUAUUUUUAUUGGCUAUCUAUUAUUUAGGACAAGUGGUACUGGCAUUCUAUUUAUUGUGACAUUUUCAAUAAAGAGAUUUAAGUAAAAAUGAGUCCAUAUGAGGAAAUUCAUAAAUAAUUAUAUAGCCUCAUGCAGAUCUGGAAGACAUGGAGAAGGUAGUUUAGGAAAAAUUGUGU